CGGUGUUAAAUUAUUUUCUGGUAGAUUUGUGCAUAAAAAAAUAAUUAAUUUAAACUAACAAAUAACAAUAAAACGCAUAAGUAAAAGUUGUAGAAAAUAAUAAAUCAAUGACAGAAUUAAGAAAAUCUAAAGAAAUAGUUUAAGCAAAAAAUUUCCAAUUUGAUUGCAAUUGAUUGACUGGUGAAAUUUUUGUCUACUCACAACACAAUGGAGGCAGUUCCACGACUUCAUAUGUUGUCUUUUCCCAACAAAUCCAGUCCGGAGGGGACUUCCUUUGCGGGUUUAAAGAAAUAUAUUGCCGAAUUUUAUCAAGAGAAUCCGGACAAUUAUUCCAAAGAACUUUAUGCUUUAGAAACUUUACGCAAUCAAGCUUUAAAUACCCCUAAGGAUAAUUGUGCUAUACUAAAGCGUUAUUUUUGCCAAUUGGAGUCGUUGCUUAAUCGUUUUCCCAAGUUAAGAGACAAGAAAGUUAUUUUUCAAUUUACCUGGAAGGAUCUAUACAACUCCAAGGUUCAGGAAUACAAUGACAUAGGCUAUGAACAAGCUGCCGUCUUAUACAAUGUAGCAGCAGCUCAUACACAAGCCGGUGCCGCGGUCAAUCGUACCGAUAUAGAGGGCAUGAAAUUGGCCUGCACCCAUUUCCAAUGUGCCGCCUGGGCUUUUGGCGAGAUACGUGAACGUUAUAUUAAUAUGGAUGAAUUUGGUGAUUGUUUUACUACUGAAUUGCUGGUGUUUAUGCAACAGGUCUCCUUUGCCCAGGCUCAGGAAUGUAUACUGGAGAAAUCGUUAAUAGAUAAUCGUAAACCAAAUAUUGUGGCUAAAGUUACCGCACAAAUAGUGGUGUAUUAUGGGGCGGCCUUGGCUGCUUUACUUACUGGUGGAGAUGAUGGCCCUGUGGCCCAUGUAGUCGAUUCGGCCGUUUAUAAACAAUGGAAGAAAUAUGUUCGUUUUAAGAUUUCCUACUUGAGUUGCAUUUUAUACUUAUAUCAAGGACAACAUGCUGAAGAGCAAAGGAAAAUGGGAGAGAGGGUUACUUUGUAUGAGGCUGCUUGGGAAAAACUCGAAGAAGCACGCAAAGAAUCCAAAGGUCUACCCGAUAUAAAAGAAAUCAAUGAAUCUCUCAUAUUCACCGCUGAUGUCGUGGAGGCAAAACGUAAAAAUGCUAAAAAUGAAAAUGAAUUCAUUUAUCACGAAUCCGUACCCGAAUUGGCAACCAUAAGUGCGGUACAAGGAGCUAAUCUAGUAAAUGGCAUAGGAUUUUCUGCCACAGAUCCAGAGAUAGCAGGUGAGGAUAUAUUUGCUCGUCUAGUGCCCAUGAAGGCGCAUGAAGCUAGCUCUAUGUAUAGUGAGGAAAAAGCUAAACUAUUGCGUAAAUAUGGCAACAAAAUUGAGGAGAAAGAUGGUGAAUUGGCUAGUUUUAUGAGUUCGCUAACAUUGGAUAAUCUUAAUAUCAAUGAGGAAAAGGCUAAUAAAAUACCUCAGGGUAUAGUGGACCGAUGUGCAGCCUUAAAUGCCAAUAAAACCGCCAUACCAGAACUGGUGCAAUCCAUGUCACGUUUAGCAGAGAUAUGUGGUGAUGUAGAGGCCAAUCUUAAGGAGAUCUCUAUGAUAUUACAGCAGGAAGAGAAGGAGGAAAAGGAGUUUCAACAACUCACCGGUGUACAACGAACACCCAAUGCCCAUAUAACCGAAUUAACGCGUGAAUUUCAAAAAUACUCCGAGGCUCACAAUAGAGCAGGCGAGUCUAAUGAUACUUUACGUAAAGCCAUGGAGUUGCACAUCAAUAAUUUGAAAAUCUUGGCCAAACCUUUGCAAGACAUACAACAGUCUGUGCCCAAGUUGAGUUCUGAACUCAAUACCGCUGAAGUUUUUAAAGAUGUUAAACUUAUCGUGAAUAAAGUUAAUGAAAUGAAGGCACAACGUUCCCAAUUUCAUGCUGAUUUACGUAUAGCGGUCAAUGAUGAUGAUAUUACCACUAAAAUUAUAGCCCACGAUUCUGAGGAAGAUUUGCAGGCUUUAUUCGAUCGUGAAAUGGCCAAACAUGAACGUUUGACCCAGUUAAUAGAUCAAAACCUAUUGGCCCAGGAGAAUAUUUUAAAGGCUUUAACGGAAUCCUAUGCUAAGGCGGCUCCUGUUUUGAAGACCUUGGCAGAUGUUAAAAAUAAACGUGAGGGAUUCUUUGCCUCUUUGGCUGCCUCCUAUGAUGUGUAUGAAGAUUUAUUGGCCAAAUCGGCCAAGGGUUUAGAGUUCUAUAAUAAAUUAUCGGCCAAUGUUCAAAAACUUUUAUCACGCUGCAAAUCUGCAAGAGAUGUUCAAUCCGAAGAACGUCAGCAACGUUUGAAAAGUGUUACCCAUAAACCUUAUGGUUCUCCAGUACCCCCAGCCCCAUUAUCUACUGAUUCCUAUCAGCUUAAUAAUACCACACCCUUAUCCAAUCCAUCCAUUGCAGCCACCACCUCCACUACACCAAAAUUACGUGAUUACUUGAAUGCCAAAAAGGCAGCUAAAGAAAAAAAUCUUAACACAAUGCCGCCAAAUGCAAAUACGGCGGCCUAUAAUGCAACAAAUCCUCAGCAAUACAUACCGCCUGUAAGGCCCAAUCCUUUGGGCUCUGAGAAUCCUACACAGGCCGUUUGCUCGGGUGGUAGUUCUUAUUAUCCUCCCACAAGUGGCACUUUACCACCUACAGUGGGACCCAAUGAACCACCACCACCCUAUACACAAUAUUAUGAUACCACUGGAGCAGGCUACACCAAUCCCAUGUUUUUGCAAUAUCAACAGAAUAUAGCGCCACCGGCUUAUAAGCCUCAAGCCUCUCCAAACUCACAGUUCACGGCUUUAAAUGCCAACAUGGCUAAUUUGAAUUUGCAACAGCAGCCACAACAAAACACUAACAAUACUACAAAUCCCCUAACAGGAGUAGCCAACACCGGGAAUUACCCACAAAUGUCUUACAACUCGUUGUCUAAUAAUCCUCAAAAUCCUUUGGUUUAUCAAGGCAACAAUCAGAACUAUCUAACAAAUCAACCAACAUACCCGAACAACCAGCAAACGUACCUUAAUCAAGCUUCUCUAAACAACAACAAUACUACAUCUUUGCCAUAUUCAACUAACAAUCCUCCAACAUCCAAUAUGACCAAUAAUUCUCUGUAUGCUGCACAGUCAACGGUUUCAAAUACGCCACAAAUGUAUACACCAUCACCACCAGUUGUUACAACAGCUGCUGCCACCACUUAUACACCUCAACCCUAUUUCUAUGGUACCAAUACACCAGCAAGCAAUAAUUUGAAUCCAACUUAUCAGCAAAGUUCUCAACAGAAUAGCUAUCAAACUCCCCCCACAAGUGUACCUACAAAUCAACCUUUGUAUGUGGCCACAAAUCAAACUGGUUUGCCUUCUUCAACUACACUUUUGCAAUCAACUGCUCAAAAUAUGGUACCUCCCACCAUGCAGGCUCCUUUUGUUGUUAAUCAUCUACCAAACACACAGACAGCACCAGCUACUGCUGGCUCCACAAACUUGCAGCAAACUCCUCAGAUUCAAAAUCCUUUACAAGUGGUAGGCACUAACGCCACAAUGUAUCCGUCUGCUGCUGUUCCAGCUCCAGUUUCUUCAACUUCUAAUGCUUUAACUUCUAAUGUUGUUACAUCCACUACCACUACUACCGCUCCAUUUGGUUCUUUGUCAUCAUCACACACUACUAUGCAUCCUGGUUAUAGUUUUAAUCCGCAAACGGGCAAUUUUAAUUAUAAUAGUGGCUAUCAGCAAACUAAUCAGCUAAUCAACAGUUUUAUGGUCAAUAUACUACAGGAGGCGGCGGCUGUCAAUACCCAACAGUCUCCCAUCGUUUCUCACACCAAACCCACACCAAUUGCCACAGUAAAACCAGAUGCAAAACCAUCAACUAUCCCUGCUGAUAACAUGAAUUACUACAAUGCUCCCUAUGGUUAUCAAACUAAUGGUAAUACCCCACCAAUAGCACCCAUACAAACUGGUCAACUUGCUACAGGUACACCACGACCUGCCACGCCCCAACAAACAACUUACCAACAGCCACAAACAAAUAUUUAUAUACAAAGUGGCACGGGCACUACAGCCAAUACACAAACUACAAAAAGUGGUAAUAUUUAUGCUACCAGCAGUCAACAGUCUCCAAUGACAAAACAAGAACAACAACUGGAGACACCAGCAGCAAAAGUUCCAGAAGUAAAAUCAACAGCUCCAGCAGCUACAACAGCACCAGCCCCCAAGCCAGUGAUUAAUACUAAGAAAUCAUCAAAUAUUGAUUUGUUAAGUGAUAUAGAUUUUUCGGGUGUAGCAGCAGUACCACCACCUAUAUUACCACAACCAGUGUUAAAACCUCAAGUGGUAAGUAGUCCCCCCACCAGCCAGGUGGCAGCACCCACUACACCCAAGAAAAACGAAGAAAAAGAAGAAACUCAACAAAAAGAUGAAAAAACUAAACAAGUAGAGGACUACAUAAACUCUACUGUGGAUAACCAACUCUCACCUUUAACCGGCUGUUUACCGGCCGCACCUUUACAACAACUAACUUCUCCGGUGGAUUCACCAGCUACACGCAAAGCCAGUUUUGAUAAUUUAUCCAAUUGUUCUGACAUUUCCUCUUUGGAUAAUUUCGAUUGGGAUUCGGUUUCCAUGCGCAGUGAUAAACCUUCGAACAAUGAUCAAAAACAUUCCGGUUCUACAUUCCAACUAAAACCCUUAGAUCCUUUUAAUGAUGACAAAACUCUUAAAUAUUUUCACAAGGAGGUAGAGCGUUUUGAAAAAUUCAUUGAGUCUCUAAAUGUUAAAAUGCUUAAUGGUCAUACUCCAUUAUCUACAAAAUGGAAAGAAUUACAAGAUCUUCUGGGCAAAGAGGCGCCCACUAGAACCACUUCAAUAGCAAAACUAUUUCCCGAGAAAAAUAGAUCCUUAGAUUGUUUGCCCUACGAUCAUGCCCGGGUUAAAUUGGAUAAGGAAACGGAUGAUUAUAUUAAUGCAGCAUUUGUUAAGAAUUUGAGUACUGGCUGUCCGAAUUUCAUAAUAGCCCAAACUCCGCAACAAAAUACUAUAAAUGAUUUUUGGUCCAUGAUUUGGUCACAAAAGGCACGAACUAUACUCUCGCUACAUACACCAAAUGAGAUGCUUGAUCCCUUCUGGCCUCAGUCGGUAGAUAAAGAAUCUAAUUUUGAUGAUUUCACUGUUAAAUGCAUAAAAAUAAUACAAUUAUCGCAUUGCAUAGAAUAUCAAUUGAAACUUUCCAUGUUGGGCGCUGAUGCCAUUAUCGAAUUGUCAGUAUUGCAAAUAAAAACAUGGACUAAAAGCACUCCUCCCUUAGUAGUGGGUAUAGCACGUAAUGCUUUACAGGCUCAUCAACAACGUUGCCUCGAUUUUAAUACCCCUUCUUCUCCACUGGUUUUGAACUGCUUAACCGGUUCUGAAAGAUCGGAAAUAGUGGCCAUUGGCAUAAGUGCCAUUUUGGCUACACAAAAUAAACGACCAGUUUUAAUAAAUGUCAUUGAUGUUUGGUUGCGCAUUUGUAGUCAACGUCAAAAGGCCUUGCGUGAUGUGGAAACUUUGGAGCAAUCUUUACAAAUUGUUCUAAAUCAUGCUCACGAUGUUCUAAAUAAAAGAGGCAUAAUGACUUCGUAUCAAAUGAAAAUUGCUCCCCAAGUAACCGCCCAAGAGAAACAAGCCACUAAAGAUCCUCUCAAUGAAUUGGAUGCUUUAUGGAAAUUAAAAUGAUAAUACCAAUUCCAUAAGCUAUAUAACGACAAAAUUAUGGACCUUUUUUUAAUAUAUAUAUAUACAAAAAUAUUCCACUAUAUAAGCAGAGAGGACUGAACGAAAAAAUGCGACUAAUUUAUAUUUUCUAAACAAAGACGCCUUUAAAAAAGGUUUUUUUCCUUAUGUUAUUUUUUUUGCUCUCAAAUUAAUACAAUUGUUAUACUAUCAUCUCUAUAUAUAUAUUUAAAACUAUUUAAUAAUCGUAUGCAUAUUAUACAUAAGUUCAAAUUUCAAAUUUGUUAAACAAGGAAAACAAGUAUUACAAAACAAA